CUGGUAAUCUAAUCUACAUUCAUAAACCUCAGAGAGACGGCAACGGCGCUUUGAAACGCCAGCCAGAGGAUACCCAGUGCUACGAUGACGAACACGUCGGGAACCACAGGUGAUGCGGAAUCGAAGCCCAGGACUUUUGUUCUGGCUUCCAGAGCCUCCAAACUCGCCCAGAUCCAAACCAAUAUUGUGCUCGAUGCCCUCCGGGCAGCGUUUCCGUCUCUUUCCUUCGAUACGUCGUUCAUGUCGACGGAGGGGGACAAAAAUCAGUCACAGGCACUGUAUUUACUCGGUGGGAAGGCACUUUGGACGAAGGAACUCGAGGUCGCACUGAAGGAGAAAACUGUAGACAUCCUCGUCCAUAGUCUGAAGGACGUCCCGACAGUCCUUCCUGAUGGAUGCGAGAUCGGUGCUAUCCUGGAAAGAGAGGAUCCAGUCGAUAGCCUGGUCGUGAAGCAGGGAUUACCCUACAGGAGGCUGGAAGACUUGCCAGCCGGUAGCGUUGUUGGCACGAGCAGUGUGCGUCGAGUAGCUCAAUUGCGCAGAGCCUUUCCAGGGUUACAAUUCAUGGAUGUGAGAGGAAACCUUAACACUCGUCUUGCCAAAUUGGACGCGGCGGACGGUCCAUUCACAGCACUUAUCCUCGCCAAAGCUGGUCUCGUACGCCUCGGAUUGGGUGAUCGCAUCACAGAUGAUCUACAUGCGCCAGUUCUUUACCAUGCCGUAUCCCAGGGAGCAUUGGCUCUUGAAAUCCGGACUGACGAUUCUCAAAUACGAGAACUCUGCGAGGCUCUGACACACCGCGAAACUCAGCUGAGAUGUCUUGCUGAGCGUGCUAUGCUGCGUAAAUUGGAAGGAGGAUGCAGUGUCCCCGUUGGAGUGACCACCUCGCUUACUCAUGAGGAGAGUGGACCAGACGGAUUGAAACAAAGUCUUUUGCACAUCACAGGCUGCGUUACGUCGAUCGACGGUUCUUUGCAUGUUCAGGGGGCGCUGGCGGAGACGGUGCAGAACCCAGAAGAAGCGGAACAACUAGGUACUAGACUGGCAACUAUAUUGAUCGACAAUGGGGCUGGAGGAAUUCUUGAGGAUAUCAGUCGGGACAGGGAGAAACGGGCAAGCGAAGCAAAGGAGAAAGAAUGAUAAUGCAUAUCUGUAUUGAUAG